AUGAGUGUUCUACGCCGCCUCACUCCUCUUUUGGAUGAUAUGAAUACAGAACACCAUCAGGUUAUUGCGAAACUGCGAACCGCUAAACCACAACUCGACUUCCCAAUCCUAUAUACUGAAAUGUUCCGGCUCACAGAGGCUGAAGAGUGCGAGUUAGCUCAAGCCCGAACAGAGCAGAUUCAAUCACACGCGCAAGUGCAGACACAAGCGUAUUCACAGAUGAACGUACACCUACCAGCCUAUGGUUUAUCUCUACCAAACUCAGCCGAAACGAACAACGACCAUAAUUGA